GACACAGCCAAGAAAGCAAUUCCAAUUCCGCUAAUCGAACCUCGAAACCGUUAAAAUUAUGACUGGUUCCUUUCAGAAAUAUUUUUGUUUCUUUCUAGGCGUUGCAAGUGCCUCACUUACCACCGACUACUACGAACAACUAAUAUCUCAAGAAAGUGCAAAAGCGCUUACUUACAAGUUGCCCAAAACCAACGAGGAAUUCAGAACGGGCUUCGAAUCUAACGAAACAAACGAUUAUGGUGAAUACGACGUGGUUAUAGUGGGAGCAGGCACAGCAGGGUGUAUUCUAGCCACUAGACUAUCCGAACUUGACAAAAUUAGUAUUCUUUUGAUAGAAGCUGGGGGCGAAGAAACCGACUUCACUCAAAUUCCUGCGAUGUGGCCUUACCACCAGUUUAGCGAUUUUAACUGGGGUUAUUACAGUACGCCACAAAAACAAUGCUGUUUAGGAAUGAACAACUCACAGUGUAUGGUUGCAAGAGGGAAGGUAAUAGGGGGUGGAAGUGCGAUCAAUGGCGCGCUAUAUGUUAGAGGGAACUGUAAGGACUACGACAAUUGGGCGGCACUAGGAAAUCGUGGAUGGUCCUGCAAGGAUGUCCUUCCAUACUUCAAAAAAUCCGAAAACUCGCAAAUCAAGGGUGAUAGAGGAUAUCACGGAAUAGGCGGUUUCUGGAAUAUUGAAUAUUCGCUACCACCGUUUCCGUUGUUCGACAACUUCAUCAACGGUAGUUUAGAAACCAAUCUAACAAUUGUAGACUACAACGGUAAAAGCCAGAUUGGUGUAAGUCAAGUACAAUUUGACAUUAAACGAGGAAGAAAACAGAGUUCUGGGACCGCGUUUCUGAACAAUGCCCGGAAACGUAGUAACCUCAAAGUUGUAACUAAAGCGCUAGUUACAAGAAUCACCAUAGAUCGACGAUCGAAACGAGCAACUGGAGUAGAAUUCGUAACUAGAAAUAAAAAGUUUCGAGUACGAGCCACAAAAGAAGUUAUAGUUUCAGCAGGUGCCAUCAACACUCCUCAGAUACUAAUGUUAUCAGGGAUUGGACCGAGAAAGCAUCUAAGAGACAUGAAAAUUCCCCUAGUCACAGAUCUACCAGUCGGUGAAAAUCUUAUCGAACACCCAGUAGUUAAUUUGAUGGUGCGUACCAACUACACCCCUCCUAAUAUCAGCACGGAAGACUCAGUUCGACAAUAUUUAAACGGCUUUGGUCCUUUAACCAAAGGAUCAAACGUCGAUGGAGUCAGUUUCUUCCACACUGGGAACGAUUCUACCGGACAACCUUCAAUCCAACUCGACAUGACAGGCGCCUUAGCCACUGACGCUACCAUGUUUCAAAAAACCCAAAACUACAAUACCACGAUCGCUGAAAAGUAUUCACAGGUAAUCCAGCCACGAACUGAUAUGAUAUGGUACGCCACACUACUCCACGAAAAAUCCAGAGGCCGAAUUCAGUUACAAUCAAAUAGUCCCAUUGACUUUCCAAGUAUCGAUUUAAACAUGUUCGACGAACCAGAAGAUGUAGAUGUUUUGAGCGAAGGGGUGGAAUAUGUUGUUCGACUUUUGGAAACUGAAGCUUUCAGAAAAAUCAAUGCUACAUUGCUUAGUGCGUCUUUAUGUGGCAAUUUUGAAAAAAAUUCGAAACAGUACUUUGAAUGUUUAUUCCGUAAUUUGGGGACAACUGGUUAUCACCCUUGUGGAACGGCGGCAAUGGGUCCAGAUCGUAGGAAGUUUGUUGUUGAUCAUAAGUUGCGGGUGCAUGGGGUUGGAAAGUUGAGGGUUGUUGACGCGUCUAUUUUUCCACUGGGAAUAUCUGGGAAUCUUAACGCACCCACGACAAUGGUGGCCGAAAAGGCAGCUGAUAUUAUCAAAUCGGACCAAGAAAACAAUCACGGUACAAAUCUAACUAGGAAGUUUGUUGUUGAUGAUAAGUUGCGAGUGCAUGGAGUUGGAAACUUGAGGGUUGUUGACGCUUCUAUUUUUCCACUAGAGAUAUCUGGAAAUAUUAACGCACCUACUACAAUGGUGGCUGAAAAAGGAACAGAUAUUUUUGUGUGUGAAACAAAUUUGAUUAAUCAACGAACAACAGAAGCCUUGGGGUAUAAAUUACCCACGAGUAACAACGAAUUCAAACAGGGGGUCGAAACCGAAAACUUUGAAGAGUAUGGCGAAUUCGAUUUCGUAAUAGUCGGAGCAGGAUCAGCAGGCAGCGUUCUAGCCACACGACUAUCAGAAAUUGACGAUUUCAAAAUCUUGUUGUUGGAAGCUGGAAAUGAAGAAGAUGAUUUCAGCGAAAUACCAGCAAUGUGGUUGUACAAUCAAUUUAGUGAGAAAAACUGGGGUUACUACACCAUCCCACAAAAACAGUCUUGCCUGGGGAUGAAUAACAAGCAAUGUGUUGUUCCUCGAGGAAAACUAUUAGGAGGUAGCAGCUCGAUAAACGGCGUGAUGUACUCUAGAGGCAACUGCAAGGACUACGAUAAAUGGUAUCAAAUCGGAAACCGAGGAUGGUCCUGCAAAGACGUUCUACCCUACUUCAAAAAAUCCGAAAACUCCCAAAUACGUGGUGACAAAAACUACCACGGUAAAGGAGGUUUCUGGAAUGUUGAGUACUCAGCACCCGAUUCACCACUAUUUCAAAAUUUCAUUAACGGUAGCAUAGAACGCAACCAACCCAUUGUAGACUACAACGGCAAAAACCAAAUUGGAGCAUCACACCUACAGUCUAAUAUCAAACAUGGAAAGCGACAAAGUCUUGCAACCGCAUUCCUAGAUAACAGUCGGCAGCGCACUAACCUGAAGAUUCUAACUAAGACACUAGUGACCAAAGUCGUCAUUGAUCCACAAUCAAAACAAGCAAAAGGUGUAGAAUUCGUCACAAGAAAUAAAAAAUUCCACGUACGAGCUACGAAAGAAGUUAUUGUUUCUGCGGGUGCUAUAAACACACCACAGCUGCUGAUGUUAUCAGGAGUUGGACCUAAAGAUGAGUUAAGCAAACUGAAGAUUCCUAUAAUCGCAGAUCUACCAGUUGGGAAAAACCUUAUAGAACAUCCGCGACUUAUGUUGAUGGUUCGCUCAGACCACGCGGCAUCAAAAAUCGGCAUUAACAAAUUGAUCCAACAGUAUUUGAAUGGUUUUGGUACGUUAACACAAGCGGGAAAUGUGGAGGGCGUCGGUUACAUACAAACAAAAAACGAUUCCAACGAAGUACCUACAAUAGAAAUUUUGUUUACAGUGCCCCCUUACAUCGACACUUCUAUUUACCAGCGACAAUUGAACUACAACAAAGACGUCACCAACUCCUUACUCGAUAGGAUCGACCCACAAAAAGACAUAUUUUUCUACAUAGUACUGCUUCACGAGAAAUCUAGAGGACGAGUUUCCUUAAAUUCGAGCAGUCCGAUUGAUUUUCCAAACAUCGAUUUAAACAUGUUCGCUGAACAGGAAGACGUAGAAACUUUGUUUGAAGGGGUGGAGUAUGUCCAGAACCUCUUAAGUACCGAGGCUUUCAAGAAAAUUAAUGCAAGUUUAUUGGAAGUUCCCAUUUGCGCUAAUUUUAAAAUAGGUUCUAAGGAAUACUUGGAAUGUUUAAUUCGCAACUUGGCGGGCACUCUUUACCACCCCUGUGGAACAGCAGCGAUGGGACCCAACAAUGGAAACUUUGUUGUUGGUGACACUUUGGAAGUCCAUGGAGUUGGAAAUUUGAGGGUAGUUGACGCGUCGAUUUUCCCAUCGUCUAUUUCUGGGCACUUGAACGCACCCACUGUCAUGGUAGCGGAGAAAGCUGCUGAUCUUAUUAAAAAGGAGCACAAAUAUUUAAUAACCCAACGAACAACUGAUGCCUUGGAGUAUAAAUUACCCACGACUAACAACGAAUUCAAACAGGGAAUCGAAUCUGAAAACACCGAAGAUUAUGGUGAAUUCGAUUUCGUAAUAGUCGGAUCAGGAUCAGCAGGCAGCGUUCUAGCCACACGACUAUCAGAAAUUGACGAUUUCACCAUCUUGCUGUUGGAAGCUGGAGGUGAAGAAGAUGAUUUCAAUCAAAUACCAGCACUGUGUUUCGCGUUACUAAAGCUACCACUCUGA